GAAUCACCAGUUGCGCAAUCCGUAAUCCCGUUUGUUAUUGAACAAACAGGCCGAGGAGAGCGAUCCUAUGAUAUAUUCUCUCGCUUGUUAAAGGAGCGUAUUAUUUGUCUCAAUGGACCAGUGAAUGAUAAUGUCGCAGCUGUUGUUGUGGCCCAAUUCCUGUUCCUGGAAGCAGAGAAUCCCGAGAAGCCCGUCAGUCUGUACAUUAACUCACCCGGAGGUAGUGUAACAGCUGGUAUGGCCAUUUAUGAUACAGUAAGCUACUAUAAGGAUUUGUACUUUUAUAUCCAAUCGCCUGUAUCUACAUUGUGUAACGGCCAAGCAUGCUCUAUGGGCUCUCUUUUACUGGCAGCAGGUAAACCUGGGAAGCGAUUUGCUCUUCCUAAUUCAUCGAUUAUGAUCCAUCAACCAUCUGGAGGCGCUGCUGGUCAGGCGUCUGACAUUGCUAUCCAUGCACGUGAAAUCUUGAGGGUCCGUGAGCGCCUAAACAGGAUCCUUCAGAAACAUACCGGAAUACGGGAGAUUGAAACAAUAGAGAAAAUGGUCGAACGUGAUUAUUUCAUGUCUGCUGAGGAAGCAUUGAGUUUUGGCUUGAUAGACAAGGUGCUUGAAAAACGAACAGAACAAAAAGAUUUGUUGAAGAAGGACUAG